GGAGAGGAGCUGAGGAACACACAGCGAGAGACAAACACAGGCUGGGGAUCCUUCACUGCUUUUUCACUUACAAUCCCCGGGAUCUAAAGAUGUGGACUGAAAUCGGAAAGCUCUUGUUGUUGCAUUUGUUACUCAUGGAGCUCCGCUGCGCUAAAGGAACUCAUACGGAGUCAGUGUGUGAAACGGGGCAGUUUCAGUGCAAGAACGGACGCUGCAUCCCAACCCUGUGGAGAUGUGAUGAUGAUGAUGAUUGCUCGGACAGCAGCGACGAGGAGAACUGUCCUAAGAAGACCUGUGCAACAACAGACUUCGCCUGCAAGAAUGGGCAGUGUGUUCCUGCUAGGUGGCGCUGUGAUGGAGAACCGGAGUGUGCAGACGGAUCAGACGAAGCUGAUGCAAUCUGCAGCCGACAGACGUGUCCACCAGAGAAGUUUGAUUGCGGAGGAGCUGCCAGCAAAUGUGUUUCUCUGUCAUGGCGGUGCGAUGGAGAGCGGGACUGUGAGAACGGAGCGGAUGAGGAGCAGUGUGCUGCUGAUGCCAAGGCCUGUCCCUCCAAAGACUUCCAGUGCCGCAAUGGGAAGUGCGUGGCACCGAUCUUCGUCUGCGAUGGUGAUGACGACUGUGGGGACGCCAGCGAUGAGGAGAAGUGCUCAGCUCCCACCUGUGGACAGCACGAGUUUCGCUGCAAUGACUCAGAGUGCAUCCCCGCUCUGUGGAGCUGCGACGGAGACCCGGACUGCAAGGACAAGUCUGACGAGUCCAUGGAGCGCUGCAGCCGGAGGACGGAGCCUCAGAAACCUCGCUGCCCUGUGGGAGAGUUCCAGUGUGGAAGUGGGGAGUGUGUCCACAUGAACUGGAAGUGUGACGGAGAUGCAGACUGCAAAGAUAAAUCAGAUGAAGCAAACUGCCCCCUGCUCACAUGCCGACCUGAUGAGUUCCAGUGCGGCGAUGGAUCGUGCAUCCAUGGCACCAAGCAGUGUAACAAAGUGCACGACUGUCCGGAUUACAGUGAUGAAGCUGGCUGUGUAAAUGUUACAAAGUGCGACGGGCCCAGAAAGUUCCGCUGUAAGAAUGGAGAGUGUAUCGACAGCAGCAAGGUGUGUGACAACGUCAAAGACUGCAAAGACUGGUCUGAUGAGCCCAUGAAGGAGUGCGGUCUCAAUGAGUGUGCAGACAACAAUGGCGGCUGCUCCCACAUCUGCAGGGACCGCAGAAUUGGUUAUGAGUGUGACUGUCCUUCUGGGUACAAACUGCUGGACAAAAAGACUUGUGGAGAUAUCGACGAAUGUGAGAACCCAGACGCCUGCAGUCAGAUCUGCAUCAACUACAAAGGAGAUUAUAAGUGUGAAUGCUAUGAAGGCUAUGAGAUGGACCCAGUAUCUAAGACCUGCAAGGCUGUUGGAAAGAGUCCGUACCUGAUGUUCACCAACCGUCAUGAGAUCAGACGCAUAGACCUGCUGAAGAGCGAGUAUACUCAGGUGGUUCCCACGCUGAAGAACGCUGUGGCGCUGGACGUCGACGUGUCCACCAAUAAGAUGUUCUGGUGUGAUCUGUUCCAUCGCAAGAUAUACAGUGCUUACAUCAACAAGGCCAGUGACUCGUCCGAGCAGGUGACUCUCAUCGACUCCCUCCACUCUCCCGAGGGCCUGGCUGUCGACUGGGUGCACAAGAACAUCUACUGGACCGACUCAGGCAACAAAAGCAUCUCCGUGGCCACGGUAGACGGCAGGAAGAGGAAAGUGCUGAUAGCCACUGAGCUAAGCGAGCCGCGGGCCAUCGCCGUGGAUCCACACCAAGGAUUUAUGUACUGGUCAGACUGGGGAGGCCAGGCCAAAAUUGAGAAGUCUGGGUUGAAUGGAGUGGACCGACAAGUCCUGGUGUCCGAACACAUCGAGUGGCCCAAUGGAAUCACUCUGGACUUGUCAAACAGGCGUCUCUACUGGGUGGACUCCAAGCUGCACCUGCUGUCCAGUGUGGAUCUGAACGGUGACAACCGAAAAGUGCUGCUGUCCUCCCAUCACUACCUGGCACACCCCUUUGCCCUCACGGUCUUUGAGGACCGGGUUUACUGGACAGACCUGGAGGAUGAAGCAAUUUACAGCGUAAACAGGCUGACAGGAAGCAAUGUAUCGAAGGUGGCAGAGCACCUCAACAACCCUCUGGACCUGGUGGUGUUUCAUGAACAGAAGCAGCCGAAAGCUCCAGAUACCUGUAACAUGGGCAGUCUGCCUAACGGCGGUUGUGAAUACCUCUGUCUGAAGGCUCCUCAGAUCACAGACCACUCCCCUAAGUACACCUGUGCCUGUCCUGACGGCAUGGAGCUGGGCCCGGACAUGAGGCGCUGUGCGAUAGUUCGGCCAAGAACGACCACAACGGCUGCUCCCACCACCACCACCACCACUACACCUCCUCCUACAACCACAACAAGCCCUACAACAACCAGUACAACUACUCUCCCCACUACGACAGCUCCCCCUACAACCACAACAUCAAGCUCGCCCACUACAUCUCCCGCUACGACGCCCAGGCCGACAUCCAGACGUCUGACAACACCGUCCCCUCAUCAGACCCCCAGGAGAACGUCUACAGCUCAUCCUCAUGCAACGAGCACAGAGACGACCAGUAUGAAAAGUCAGAGCUCCACUUCCACACACACACCCCUGCUGGGCCCUGUGGCUCCCAUUCAGAGAGAGAGCAACGGUAACCUCUCCCACAGAGCUGCGAGUGAUCACUACCUCAUAGGUAACAACAUCACAGUAGCUGUUCUGGGGAUAGUCAUUCCUAUCGUCCCUAUCCUUGCCACAGUGGUCAUUGGAUUGCUCUGCACCGGCGGCUACCUGGUUUGGCGCAACUGGCGGCGCAAGAACACCAAGAGCAUGAACUUCGACAACCCCGUCUACCGCAAGACCACGGAGGAUGACGACGACGAGAUCCACAUUGGGCGGCACAGCGAGUCCAUCGGCCACGUGUACCCAGCACGCGUGGCACUCAGUCUGGAGGAUGAUGGCUAUCCCUGAGGGGGGGAUGUAUCCUUCCUGCCCCCCUCACGCCUCCCCCCUCCCCUCCUCUCCUACCCAAACCCGUCCUGGCCCCUCCUCCUCUCAACACAGCCUCUACAGCUCUACAACAAGGCCGCUACAACACAGAGGAGAAAGAGAAGCCUCCUUCUUCUUUUUAAGGAGCAGGGAUGGCAUGUACCUCUUGUGCCCUACUUUUCCUUUCCUCUUCUACUUCCUCAUUAUUACUAC